AUGAAUUUCCAUGCAUUCGUCUAAUCUACUAAAAAUAUAGAAGAAAAGAAGAAAAUUGAUUUAAAUUUAGAUGGAAGAUAUUAUGAUUCAGGAGAAAUUUUACAAGUUACUUCUACAUCCUUUUUAAUUUACAUUACUUCUUUCACAAUCCGCUCUCUCUUUAUCAAGAAAUUCAGUCCAGCUUUCUCUUUAAAAUCUUGGGAUCUUAUUUUACCUCUCUGGUACUUGAAAGUUUAGUCAAAAAAAUAUAAAUAGUCUUAUGAAAAAGAUGAAUUCAAAUCAAAAAUAGAUUAAAUCAUGGAUGGAAAAAUUGAAGAAUAACAAAAAAAUGAAUUUCUUCGCAAAUAUAAUAUGCAAUAUUGGACAAACUCUUAAUACUGGCAUUGA